AAAAGUUUCGAUCUACGGAACAAAAGUACCACACAUUCCCAAGGAAUUGUUUAUCGACAUGCACGCGUUGGUUGAAUUUAACUUGCAUGGCAAUGAGUUAGAACGAAUUGAAGAAGGCGCAUUUGAUAAUUCACCGAAUUUGGUCGAGCUGCACGUUUAUGAUAAUAAACUAACGCAUCUUCCCAAUAACUUGCUCAACAAAUUGGUUUUGCUUGAAUCGGUUUAUCUCUCUCAGAACUCGUUGUGUGUGUUAGAUGAGGAUACCUUCAAAGGGUUAUCCAAGUUAAAAGUGCUCCAUCUAGAGAACAAUCAGUUGGAAACCUUACCAGCACACAUUUUUAAUGACCAAGAUUCUUUAACAGAGCUGCAUUUGAAGAAUAAUAAAAUCAAACAUAUACCAGAAGACCUAUUAGCUAACGUAAAGUCUCUAAAGGAAGUGUACCUCUCCAUAAACGAAAUUGAAGGUUUACCCAGAGAUCUCUUCAAAAACACUCCUGAUAUACAGGUGAUUGAAGUAUCCGACAAUCCACUUAGAACACUGGACAAUAUAUUCACGGGCCUUUCGAAGCUCAAAAAAAUUAUACUAAGCCACAAUCAGUUGACAUCCAUCCCCGACGGUAUCUUUUCUGGGUUAUCAAGUCUUUUCGAACUCGAUCUUUCUGGAAACGAAAUCAAUAAGAUCACACCUGGGAUAUUUAAAGGUUUAAACGGUUUGAAAAGUCUGGAAUUACGAUCCAACACCAUGACCAUCAUUGAACCUUCGUCCUUUGAUGAUCUACCAUCACUUACUAGUUUGAGUCUUGAGAAGAAUAAACUCGCAUCGCUUCCUCCGGAAAUUUUUCACAAAAACUUGGAACUAAUGUCACUAUACCUAAGUGAAAAUGAGAUCGAAGGUCUGGAAAAGGAGAUCUUCAGCAAUUUGGCCAAUUUAAAACGUUUAGACUUGUACAGUAACCGAAUUAAGAAUUUCGAAAGUGCCACUUUCAAAAACUUGAAGCAAGUUGAAUCACUGUAUAUUAGUAACAAUAAGUUACACACUAUCUCCCCGAAGAUGUUUGAAGGAUUAACCUCGUUGACCGACCUUUACAUUUCAAAUAAUCCUAUUAAGAGCAUUCACUGUGAACCAUUCCAGGAACUGUCAUCCCUAUAUUCUUUGAUAAUUGAAGACGUUCAUCUUGAAAGCUUCCCAUCUAACUGCUUUUCUAGUAUGAAAAACCUGUCAACUUUCACAAUUAGAAACUCCAAGCUAAACGUACUGAAGAAAGGAAAUUUCGCUGGAAUGGACAGUUUAAAAAAUCUCCAUUUGACAAACAACCACAUCAAGAACAUAGAGGUGGGCGCCUUCGAGGGACUUUCAAAAUUGGAAAGUCUAUCCUUAAACCAAAAUCAUCUCACCGAAAUCAAAGCGGAUAUGUUCACCGGUCUAGCAAAUGUUGACCUUCUAAUCUUGAGCGAAAACAAAAUUUCCUCAAUUGACUCCGAUAUCUUUGCCCUCAUUCCACACUUACGCCACUUGUACUUGAAUUCAAAUAAUCUCCAUAAGUUCAAAGGUGACGAAUUUACCAUGAUCAAAAACUUAACCCAAUUAGAUCUGUCGCGCAACGCAAUCGAGAGCUUUCCAUCCGAUAUUUUCAAAACGCUAACGUCACUUACGACCCUCACCCUAGAUUACAACAAGCUGAAGACGCUGGAAAAAGGGUCUAUACCCGUCGGACAUCAAUUGGAAUUUUUGAGCGUGGUCGGCAACGAUAUUGACGACAUCAAGUCGGGCACGUUCGACGAUUUUGAGUCGAUCCUAAAUUUGGAUUUAUCCAACAACACCUUGAAACACAUCAAUUACGACAUGUUCCAAGGUCUUAGAAAUAUGUAUUCGCUUAAUCUCGAGCAUAACGAGAUCUCCGACUUGAAUCCAAACGUCUUUGACAAUCUUCCCGAACUGAGACAGGUACGUUUGGCUGGUAACAAGCUGGACGAUUCUGUUGUGGAAGCGAUUACGAGGAAGUAUCCUGAACUGGUUUUAAACGAUAUAUAAAUCCUAAUUUACAAUAAA